AGGUGGUUGCAUAGCAAGAUUGCUGUUUUUCCCUCUCUUCUUAGGGUGCUUGCAUGGUCCAAAAUUCUUCCGGACUGAGAUUCCUGUGACGAUACUGACUUGCCUGUUGGGGCUUACUAAUGGCUACCUAACCAGUGUAUUGAUGGUUCUGAUUCCUAAAAUUGUAAAGUUGCAGCAUGCAGAGACCGCAGGGAUUGUGAGUGUAUUAUUCUUAGUUAUUGGUCUGGCUGCUGGAUCUGUUAUAGCUUGGUUUUGGGUCAUCUGACCAAGCAAUUUGUGUUAAUUUGGAGACUCUGGUACGUCUCUUGUGGCUUCCACUCAAUCAGAAGUCAAAACUAGGAUGAAUUUCCUUAA